AUGGAGAAUAAGUUAUUUUAUUGUAAAUCAGAAAGUUUUAAGGAUUCUAAAAUUGAAGUUUAAAGUAAAAAGUAUAAUAAAAUAUUUAAUUUUUAAUCAAAAAGUAUUAAGGAAUUGAAAAAUGAAAUUUAAGGCAAACUAUAUUCUACUUAACUUGAUAAAAAUUCAAACCCAAAAUAUAAUAUUUAGGAGGGAACAUUUAGUUUUGAUUUAGAACAAAAAUUAAUUAAGUUAAUUAAGAAAGACAAGGAAUAUUUAGGGAAAUCAAAUAUAUUACUUCAUGAGAAUACACAAAAACCAUAAGAUGAGACAAAUAAAACUAAACACUAAGAAUUAAGAUCUUAAAGUUUACCUUCUAGAAAAAAAAUUAUUAUAAAAGAAGAUGGAAUAAUUGUUAAUAAUAGACAAAUUGGCGAACAUAGAAGAUAAUUCUAAAAAUUAAAAAUUUGGUGUAAAUAUAAUUAAUCUUUAAAUGAGAGAGAUGAAUAAAUAUUAAAAAAUAAAUAAUGGUUAACUAGUAGUAUAAUAGAUAGUUUUGUAUUUCAUCUUAAUUUAGAAGGUGAAAAAGAAUACAUUAAACAAAAAGAAAAUAAUGAUACAAAAUAAAUUAACAGAAUAUUAUUUUUACCCACUAGUUUAACCACAAAUUUUGGAAUUUAAUAUGAUAUUUAAAAAGCUUAACAAUUAUUUUAAUAAGAAUUACUAGAAUAUUAAGAAAUGGAUUUUUAAUUAAAUUUAAUCUAUGAUAAAAUAGGAAUUCCAAUAAAUAAAAAUAAUAUACACUGGCAAUUCCUAUUAUUUGAUUAUAAAAAAAAUUGUGUAGAACUUUUUGAUUCUCUAUCAUAAUCUUUUAAAUUUGAUCAGAAUUUAAUUGAAACAUUAGCAUAAUUAUUAUAAUUAUAAAAUUACAAAUAAAAAAGACUUUAUUAUUAUAUUUAAUAAUAAAAUGGUUAUGCAUGUGGCUAUUAUGUUUGUUCAUUUAUGUAUUAUUAAUAUAGACUUUAAUUUGAUAAGAAUCUAGAAAAAUAUUCUUAUAUUGAAGAAUAAAUUACUAAAUUAUUAUUAGAUGUUAUCAAAGAUUAGGAAAAUUAAUGA